CUUUCCGAUUGAUUAUUACAAGUAAAAUCAAGAAAUAGCGUCUCUAGGUUUUGGUUCCGAGUUGAACGGGCGUAAACUAUUUCUUGUUUCCCUUAAAAUUAUCAUUAAAAUGAAGGGUUGCAUAUUUAAUAUUGAUGCUGGGUAUUUGGAGGGCUUGUGCCGUGGUUUCAAAUGUGGUAUUCUGAAACAAUCUGACUACUUGAACUUGGUGCAGUGUGAGACACUUGAAGAUCUAAAGCUCCAUCUUCAGGGUACAGAUUAUGGCACUUUCCUUGCCAACGAGCCCAGCCCCCUGUCUGUAUCUACUAUUGAUGACAAGCUUCGUGAAAAGCUUGUUAUUGAAUUCCAACAUCUUCGGAAUCACUCUGUAGAGCCUCUGUCAACAUUUUUGGAUUUCAUUACCUACAGCUAUAUGAUUGAUAACAUCAUCUUGUUGAUUACUGGUACAUUGCACCAGAGACCUAUCUCGGAGUUAAUUCCAAAGUGCCAUCCAUUAGGCUCAUUUGAGCAGAUGGAAGCUAUUCAUGUAGCUGCAACACCAGCUGAACUUUACAAUGCUGUGUUGGUGGACACACCAUUGGCGCCAUUCUUUGUGGAUUGCAUUAGCGAACAAGACUUGGAUGAAAUGAAUAUUGAGAUUAUCCGGAACACUCUAUACAAGGCGUAUUUGGAAGCUUUUUAUGAUUUCUGUAAGCAAAUCGGAGGAACUACUGCUGAUGUGAUGUGCGAAAUCUUAGCUUUUGAAGCCGAUCGCCGUGCUAUUAUCAUUACAAUCAACUCAUUUGGCACUGAACUGUCCAAGGAUGACCGUGCUAAAUUGUAUCCCCGUUGUGGCAAACUCAACCCUGAUGGUCUUGCCGCACUGGCUCGUGCUGAUGAUUAUGAACAAGUGAAGGCUGUUGCUGAAUACUAUGCUGAGUAUUCUGCUUUGUUUGAAGGAGCUGGCAAUAAUGUGGGAGACAAAACUUUGGAAGACAAAUUCUUUGAACAUGAGGUAAGCCUUAAUGUUCAUGCUUUCCUGCAACAAUUCCAUUUUGGAGUUUUCUAUUCUUAUCUGAAAUUAAAGGAACAGGAGUGCCGUAACAUUGUUUGGAUCAGUGAAUGCGUGGCCCAGAAACAUCGUGCCAAAAUCGACAACUACAUUCCAAUCUUCUAAUUAUUCAUAAAAUAAUGUUUGUAGUAUUCUUUCCUUGUACAUAGUAGGGAACCAUAUAACUACUUUUUUGAUUGCUGCAUAUAAACAUGGCUACCAAGCAAGCAUGCCACCACUCAGUGCCACCAGACAUUGAAAUAGAAAAAUUUGAUAUCAGUGCAUGGUGAUAAUAAACAUUUAAAAAUUGAGGUUGCAAUGGAUUUUAAAAAAGCUUGGCAACAUGAGAGUAGACUUGAAUGAUGUCAUCAGUCUGUAGUUUAAUGUAAAAACAGAUUUAAAAAAUCACACUAGUAGAUUAUAAAAAUCACUAAUAGAUCACAAAACAUCAAAUUGAAUGCUAAAACUAAAAGAAAAAUAUGUUAAUCAUUGUUAAUGUUAUCUAUUAAUCUUCAUAGUAUCAAUAUCCAUUCUAUUCUUAUUAUGGUUGAAUUAAUAUGCAUUACAUAGUCAUGUAUAGAAUAAUCAAUUAUUCAGUUAAGUACAUACUUCUGAAACAUUUUUAGAAUAAUAAAAACAUGUUAAAUGUGCUUAAGUAUUGAAAAAAUUUAUGAAUGCUGGAAUUUCUUGAUUAAAACAUUUUAUCAUUUCCUGGUAGUUUACAAUUAUAAUGUAAUAAAAUUAAUCAACCAUUUAAUUGACAUUAAUAAAAUAUUACAGUUUUUAUUUCAUGAUUUAAAGGUGUAUACAUUUAAUCCAUGGAAGUUUUUACAUUCCAUACCAUGUGCUAUUUUCAUGUAUGUAUGUAUGUAUUUUGGAAAUUUCCAGUAUUCAGCAAUUUUAUAUUCACUGUUAUUAAUAUUACUUGUAAUAAAAAUUAUGUAUCUUAUUUCCAAAUAAAUUAUUAGUUGAAAUGU